UGCCGUCGUCAUGUCCUGUUUACUCCAUUUUGUUUCUGCUAAUAAUUUGGUAGGUGUCAGUGUGCUGAUUGCGGAAAAGGCUGCUAAAUAAAUCAUGGGGAGAAAAAAGAAGAAGCAGAUGAAGCCCUGGUGUUGGUACUGUAACAGGGAUUUUGAUGAUGAAAAGAUUCUCAUUCAACACCAGAAGGCCAAGCACUUUAAGUGUCACAUAUGUCACAAGAAGUUAUACACAGGUCCUGGUCUGGCCAUCCACUGUAUGCAGGUUCACAAAGAAACUAUUGAUGGUGUACCUAAUGCAAUACCUGGAAGGACUGACAUAGAACUGGAGAUCUAUGGAAUGGAGGGUAUUCCAGAGAAAGACAUGGAGGAGAGACGACGUGUACUUGAACAAAAAACACAGGAAAAUCAGAAGAAAAGACAGAAUCAAGAUGACUCUGAUGAAGAUGAUGAGGACGAAGAGGCUGGACCCUCCUUCCAACAGCCAGCAUCAACCGUACAGCCUCAGGCAGCCUACGCCCCCAUGACUCAGCCAGGAAUGGCCCCUGUCCCUGCUCCAGGGAUGCCACACGGAAGCUACUCGGGAAUGCCCCCAAUGAUGCCUGGUGUUCCCCCAAUGAUGCCAGGGAUGCCCCCUGUCAUGCCAGGGAUGCCUCCAGGCAUGAUGCCAAUGAGUGGCAUGAUGCCACCUACACAUGGAAUGCCCCCAAUGAUGCCAGGCAUGCCACCAGGAAUUCCUCCUCCAAUGGGCCAUCACCCUGGCAUACCCCACAUGGCUCAGGCUCCUCCUACUACCACCCGGCCAGCUAUGCCUGCCACCACAGUGUCCACGCCACAGCCAAGUGUAUCCAAGCCACUGUUUCCCAGUGCAGGACAGAUGGGCACUCGAGCUCCAAGCACAAGCUCAGCCUCCUCCAGUCUGGACACUUUGUCAGCAUCCUCUAAACCGCUGUCCCAAGUCCAGCAGGCUGGUUCUGGUGUUGCAGUAAGCGCUUCUGCACCUCCUUCUGCUGCGCCUAAACCCACAUUCCCAGCCUACACCCAGUCCUCCACCACUGCUGCUGCCAACACGAGCAGCACUGUGGCCAAACCAGGCACCCCAGUCACAAGUAAGCCCGCCACCCUCACCACUACCAGUGCAACCAGUAAGUUGAUCCACCCUGAUGAAGACAUAUCACUGGAGGAGUUGCGAGCACAGCUGCCUCGCUACCAGUGUAAAAUCCCUAGUGCGGGACAGGCCCACAUAUCUUCCCCACCAGUCGCAGCAAUGGGAGGCGUGUUGCCCCCUCAGCAGGGCAUUCCUGCGCAGCAGCCGGGUGUUAGGCAUCCCAUGCAAGGGCCAUAUGGUGCUCCACCUCAAGCAGUGCCUGGGUACGUCCCGGGUGGGAUGCCACCAUAUGGGCAAGCCCCACCCAUGGUUCCUCCUUACCAGGCCGCUCCCCCUCGGCCUGCCAUUGGCAUGAGACCUCCAGUAAUGUCUCCUGGAGGCCGAUAUUGAAGCGUCUUCACUGGUCUUCAUUAGGUUUGGUGAUUCAACCAUUUUACCAUCUAGUGGCGUUCUUUACAAUCCAGAUCAGUAACCGUAACCCUUCUUGCAAUGAGGGGAUGGAGUAAUCAAACUGUGUAACGCAUGGGACAUUUGAUUUUACCAAGUCUUUUAUUUGGACCUUCCCUUUGUUGCAGAUCAUACAGUUUGGCUUUUUUUCUCAUGUUUUGUUUAGGUUUUUAGAAGUGAAGUGUAGUAAAUAUGGUUCGUAAUAAUUUGAAGCGGCUGGAGUUUCGUACAGCACCUUUAUCAAGGCAAGUCACUGUAAAUAUACUACUGUACUAAAAGUGUGAAGCCUUCGCAGCACCAAAAGGUGCUGUUGGACGUCCUGUCCCCAGCGUUGCUUGGUGAGGGCUUCAGAUAGCUGUCACUGUUGAGUUUAUUUUUCUGUGUCUGCUUGUCUACAUUUACAGUGUUCUCUCUGUAGGGCCAAUAACAAAAGGACUCCUGUGAAUGAUAUCUGUACUGUUCCACUAUGAAUUGUAAUAAACUAUUGAAAUCUAA